AUGGAGAGGGGCGGGGGCGCCCGGGACCCGCGGCAGCGGCCCCUGGCGGUCACCCGGCGCCGUGCAGCCCGGCGGGAGGGCUCCCGGGAGACGCGCCGCGGAGCAGCUCGGCGGCGCGAAUGCGGCUGGAACAAGCCCUACCCAAAGUCUCGUUUCUGCCACGGGGUCCCUGAUGCCAAGAUUCGCAUCUUUGACCUGGGGCGGAAGAAGGCAAAAGUGGAUGAGUUCCCACUCUGUGGCCACAUGGUAUCAGAUGAAUAUGAGCAGCUCUCCUCCGAAGCCCUGGAGGCUGCCCGUAUUUGUGCCAACAAGUACAUGGUGAAAAGUUGUGGCAAAGAUGGCUUCCACAUCCGAGUGCGGCUCCACACCUUCCAUGUCAUCCGCAUCAACGAGAUGCUGUCCUGUGCUGGGGCCGAUAGGCUCCAGACAGGUAUGCGGGGUGCCUUUGGGAAGCCUCAGGGCACCGUGGCCAGGGUCCACAUUGGCCAUGUCAUUAUGUCCAUCCGCACCAAGCUGCAGAACAAGGAGCAUGUCAUCGAGGCUCUGCGUAGGGCCAAGUUCAAGUUCCCUGGCCGCCAGAAAAUCCAUAUUUCCAAGAAGUGGGGCUUUACCAAGUUUAAUGCAGAUGAGUUUGAAGUCAUGGUAGCUGAAAAGCGGCUCAUCCCAGAUGGCUAUGGUGUCAAAUACAUCCCAAAUCGAGGCCCCCUGGACAAGUGGCGGGCCCUGCACUCAUGAGAGCAGAAGAGCUGCCCCCUUGUUAGUGACACAAAUAAAAACCACAUUCU